AACCGAGCAGCAGCAGCAGCAGCAGAGACGCAAGACCAGAGCGAGAAGAAGAAGCCGUCAAAUCUCCGAAGUCCCGUUCUCGACGUUUCUCAUCAGAUACGUGCUCCCCGUCGUGCAGACAAGAGCUUAAGUUGGCCGCAGUCAUGUACUUUAGGGUGGUGUUUUUCACUGUGGCUGUAGCUCUGAUAGGUGCAUCAGCCGCACCAGACUCAGAUGGAUGUUCCACUUUGGCAUGUGAUUCAUGUGUAACCACUCCUGACUGCCAGUGGGUUAACUGCACAACAUCUCUCGGCUGUCGCAACAUGACUCUUCAGGCAGAAAACGAGACCUGCAGCAAUGCCAGCUGCUCAGCUUUUCAACCUUCUGCAGCCCCGAAUUCAACUGCCUCUGCUCCUUCGACUAGUCCCUCUCCUGCUACAGCCUCCCCUACCCCUGUUGUCACCACCACUGCUAACAGCAGCACCACAGGCAACGGAACCACUAUUCCCACUGUUGCCCCGACUCCUAGUGGUAACUCCACCUCCUCUACGACUCCAUCAAGAACCACAUCAGUUACCCCUACUCCUGAACCUCACAAGAACACCUUUGACGCUGCUAGCUUCAUUGGUGGAAUAGUGCUGGUCCUGGGCCUGCAGGCUGUGAUCUUCUUCCUCUACAAAUUCUGCAAGUCCAAGGACCGCAACUACCACACCCUCUGAAGCAGCCGCACUUUUAGAUCCACAUCAAUCGAUAUCCCCACCAACUAGAACCUUCCAGAGAAGACUCCCCCACUCGGCACACACUCAUCACAACGGACUCAAACAGUGUUUUCAAGCAGGUUUUCUAGAUCUUUGAUGUUUGUGCCACCUGUGGUUUAAGCCUGCAUUAGCGCUGCUGUUGUAAUAUGUAUUAAGGCACUAACUCAGGCCUGUAUGUAUGAUAAUUCACGUCUCACUAAUUUGUACAAAUUAACAGAUCUCCAGUGAUAUGGCAUUUAAGCCUUGAGCAUAUGGAUUACAUCAUCUGGUAGCUACUCCCACCUCCAUCAUGCUGUUAGUCAUUCAGCGAAAUACCAUUUUCCGGCGAAUUGAAGGUGUUUGUGUUUUUUACAGCCCCUGUCCUCAUGAUUCCUCAAUUACAGACACCACAUGAGCUGCAAACUGGUAGUACUUACAUACCUUUUUCAUCUUGAUUUGGAAACACUGUUUGAGUUCACAGCUAUUCUUAAACGUGACAAAUGUGAUGAUUCAGUAUUGCUUUCAAUCUGUUGAAUCGUGGGCAGGUUCCUUCUCCCCCGUGCAGCUGUAUCAUUUAUAUGUGUUCAUAGAUGAUGCAAAAGAGGUGGAGUUACUUACAGUACGAGGAAAUGGAAGCAACACCCAAUCAUCUGACGUCAGACUGAAAAAAUAGCGAUUCCCCCUGGUAAAUUAUUUUGGGUGUCUCCCUUGGCAUUUUAGGAGUGCUGUGCGUUUUCUGCUGUUUACUUCCCUGGGGAAAUCUUUCACUUAAUACUAGUUGUAGAAAAUGUCAAAAAAAAACAACUGCCAGUGGAGCAGCUCAAUGCAAUAAAUCAUGUAACAAGUUUAUCUCCCAUCCCUUAAUCUCCCAAAGGUUUUUUCUGAUCUUUACAGACGUACCCAACAGAGUUGCUAAUGUUGAGCUGGCCCUGUGGCCCCAUUUCUGUGGAGUACUCAAAGGGUGUGUGGGUCAAAAUGAAAGAUUGUAGAAUAUUUCAGAAAUAUGAAUAAUUAAUUUGUUUUAAUGAUGUACAAUAUAGUUGAUGCGGAUAUAAAGCAAAAUGGCAUGCAUGCACUUUCUUGAUGUGACAGUGAUAGCAGUGAAGUGCCUUUAAUGUCCAGUAUGACUUAAAGAGAGAAAUGGAAGAGGAUGAGUCCUUUCUUCCUGGUUGAGGCCUGAAAUGUUAUCAUUAGUUUAUGUUUCUAAGAAAGAAACUGUAUCGCAGUGCUGAUAUUGGUGAGAACUGUAGUAUCCCAGCUGGCCUGAAUAACCUUUUUAUUGUUAGAAUACAGUAGAUAGUAUCGAGGGCCUUGAUCAGUCAAGACUGAAGUUUUUCCCAUAAGCAGAGGACUAUAUUCAGUGCAUGAAACCUAUGGUCUUCUCACCAGUGACCUUGUGUAAAUGAAUAAUUAAAGGUGCUCUCCCUUCUGUUGCACCCUAAAACGGUUCUCAAAUAUCCUCCCACUUCACUAUUUAUGUUUCAGAACAUUGAGUUAUAAAUUGUGUCUAAUUUCAAAACAUGAACAAUGAACUGGCAGGAAAUUUUGAACUGUUAGGUGCUAUACAUCUGGAAGUGUACUUUUUUAAGGACAAUGUUGGGCUUAAUUUAAAAACUUGAGUAUUGGAGAGUGACAAAAAUGUUGGAGUGUUGGUUUGGUGAAAUGCACCUCUGAUUACUGACUUUACCUGUAAAUGAGAGGAUUGUGAAUGAAGUGCAGAACUGCAACAUCUAAGUGGUCGUGCUAGAGCUCAUGGCAAGUUCUCUAAUUGGCUUGCUGCUAACGGUGUGAUAUUUUUUUUUUUUUUUUUUUUUUUUUUUUUUUUUUUUCUCUUUCCCAUUUUGUCCCUCCCUGUACAUAGCCAUGUCCUGUUUUUGUUUAUAUUCUAGGUUUCGACUUGAGGAGAGGCUAAAUGAAGGAGCGUUUAUCAGUACAUUUUGCUUGUAGUGGCUUGUCGACGUCAGUAAUGUUUUGUUAAAUGCCUUUUUUCAUUAUUGCAUGCUGGAUGCUUGGAGUUGUGAUUUUUCCUGCCAUUGCAUAUGCUGUUAAGGAUUAAGACACUUAAAAACCACUUGAUUAUUUGUGAUUAGCCCAUAUGCUAGUUGAAAGAUUGCCUUGAAACAGUGUGCAUUAAGCCAAAGGCCUCAGUUUUGGCAUGGAAAUUGAGCAUUGCACUGACAAGCUUUGUUUUGUAACUUUGUCUUUGUAAGUGUUUUCAUGGUUCAGCCGACACAAAAAAACAAUCAGACGCUUGUAUAAAUACUCAAUCUUGAACAUAAUCUAGUUAAUGAAUGAAUAACCACCUUGUUUUGUAUGACCACGAACAGUAAAAAAAAAUCAUGAUUGAAGAUGUUUUCUUUCUUUUGGCUUUCAUAAUUUAGGAUUACAUGUUUUCUGCUGCUCACCAUUAACACGCCUUUUAACCUAGUCACCUGGUGGCAUUAGGCUACAGCCCAAAGACCCAACUAUGGCGAGUAGGCUACAGAGUUUUGCCUUAGCUGCACCCAUUUGUACAUUCUCUGCAUGUGGAGAGCCUUCGCCCAAAAUUAAGAGAAAUAUUUGAUAUUUUAUUCACAGCUGUUGUGUUGGUUUGCUGUGUAACCACUGAAUCCAGGCAGAGUGCUCAGUGCUUUUUAACAUGGUAGCUGCAUUCCUUACACAGCAUCACAUGUUGACAUUGCGGUGCGUCAAAACACCUCUGGUGUCUAUGGAUACAAAUAGAUGUCCAUUGUAAUGCCUCACUGCAGCUUAAACUACAAGUUUCUCAGUCCGUGCACCUCUUAAAGAAAAGUGCCUUAUUCAGUUAAUAUCCAUAUAAAGUUGGAGUUGGUAUGCCACACCUAUUAAAUACCAAUGGGACUCAGCACUUUCAGACCCCUGUGAAGUGGUUUUCUGUGUUGUAUUCUACGUAAAUGUCAGUUAUGUCACGCUUAGCCUUAUCAUCUUGAUCAAUCCCACAGAACAUUUGCUAGUGAAAAGCUUGUCCAGGCAAAUACCAGGCUGCUUUUGUUUGAAAGGUUUGUUUAUUUGUUAGGAGUAUCUUGUACUUAUUCUUGGAAUUUCUGUAGCAUUUAGUGUCUACAUUUUGACCAAUCAUGCAAAAUAAUUAUUGGUGUUUUAAAUGCUGCUGAAAUGAGUAUAACCAGCUAGGGAAUGACAUAGUUUUCAACUACAUGAACCCUGGGUGUAGCCUGGACAACUUCUCACCAGCACAUUGUUAUAAAAAUAACUUACCAGUAAUGUUGUAACCACAGUCCCAGACCUCUGGUGGUGUUGUUGUGACAUUUCCUCCACAAUGCAAAGUCACGUGAUGACUUCCACUUUGGUUGUAAUUUUCAAUUGUUGCAUUGAAUGAUCUGUUUUCUGUCCAGUAGGAUUUUAAAUUCAAAAUCAAAAUUUGCUUUGUCAUGGAGGGCUCUCCUGUCAGUUUUCAGCCUCGCAGUGUUCCAAACCAACGAGUAAAAAAGCUUUUUGAUUCCCUCCUUCGCCACAUGGCGAUAUUGCUAUGUGCACACACUGUAGUGCCAUAUGUGUUACGUUUUGUGUUAGAGGCCAUCAAUCUUGUAGGUACGAUUUGUUUUUGGGGUUUUUUGUUUUGCUCCCACCCCACUUUGAAAGACACAACUAUUCACGCACAGCCAUAUGUAGAAACUUGCAGGUGCCACUAUGCCUCCUGAAAUGUUUUGUGCUUAUGUGCCCUUUUUCUUUUCUCUCAAACCUUUUUUAUUUUGUGCCUUGGUUUCUAGUGCUGCCUUUAGUUUCACAAUGUAAAACCAAUAAAGUUUGAAUAUUGCCAAAACAAA